AUGACAAAAACAAACAAUUUGACUGCACAACAGUGGAAAGAGCUGGGUAAUGAGGAGUUCAAAAAAGGGAAUUGGUCAGAAGCAUUGAGUUGUUAUACAAAUGCAUUGAAGCUUUCAAAUGAAGAUAAUUCUGAAAAAGCUAUAUAUUAUAAGAAUCGUGCAGCUGUAUAUUUAAAGCAAGAGAAAUAUAAUAAUGCAAUUAAUGAUUGUAACGAAUCUCUGAAAAUAUGCUCAAGUGAUCCAAAAGCACUAUUUCGAAGAUGUCAAGCAUUAGAAGCAUUAGAAAGAUUUGAAGAAGCAUAUCGUGAUGCAAGAUACAUUAUUGCAGCAGAUCCUGGUAACAAGGCAAUUCAACCUAUUGCCACUAGAUUGCAUGAAAUUGUACAGGAAAGAUAUAAACAAAAUUCUCGUAUCAGUGCUAAGGUAUCACAAAUGAUGGAUAUAGCUUUAGAAAUUAAUGGAGACAAUGAAAAGCGAGAAACAGCAAUGAAUAAUUUGCUUGUUCUUGCUCGGGAAAGGGCAGGAGUAGAAAUAAUGUUCAAUGAUGGAAUUGUUUCUAAAAUAAUGAAAACCAUGAAACUUGAGAAAAAUGAGGAAAUAAUAAUAAUUGGAAUUCGCAUCAUUGCAGAAUUAUCUAAAGAUAAUAUUAAUCGAACAGAAGUUAUCCUAAAAGAUAUUGGUAUACCUUGGUGUUUAGAAAUGAUUAAUAGUAAACUUACAGAGAAUACGAAACCAAACAAAGAAUUAUGUGAUAAAUAUAACAAGGAAAUUGAUACCAUUUUAUCUUGUUUAUUGUACAGUGUAACAAGCAGAACAAUUUCUGGAAUAGCUAGGGAUGCAAUUAUAGAACUUAUUAUGCGCAAUAUUCAUUACACUGCAUUAAAUUGGGCAGAAAGACUGGUUGAACUUCAUGGUUUACAACGUUUAAUGGAAGUAGCGAGUGAACUUGAAGAAUAUAAGUAUGAAUCUUCAAUGGAUAUUACACCAUCUACUAGAACUGUGACCAGUGUAUGCUUAGCAAGAAUUUAUGAAAACAUGUAUUAUGAUGCAGCAAAGGAGAAAUUCAGACAUGCUAUUGAUGAAUACAUUAAAGACAAACUACUUACACCAGACAUGGAAUCUAAGGUCCGUGUUGUAGUUGCAAUAACAACAUUAUUGCUUGGUCCAGUGGAUGUUGGAAAUACAAUUAUUGCUAAAGAAGGUAUUUUGGAAAUGAUACUUGUAAUGGCAGGCACAGAUGAUCUAUUACAACAAAGAAUUGCUUGCGAAUGUAUUGUUGCUGCUGCAUCUAAGAAAGACAAAGCUACUGCAAUUAUAAAUCAAGGAGUGAAUAUAUUGAAAAAAUUAUAUCAGUCUAAAGAUGAUUCCAUAAAAGUACGUGCUUUAGUAGGUUUGUGUAAAUUAGGCAGUUCGGGUGGCACAGAUGCCACAAUAAGACCAUUUGCAGAUGGUGCUACAAAAAAAUUAGCAGAAGCUUGUAGAAGAUUCUUAAUUAAUCCUAAGAAGCAGAAAGAUAUGAGAAAAUGGGCAGUUGAAGGUUUAUCGUAUCUUACUUUUGAUGCUGAAGUUAAAGAAAAAUUAAUAGAAGAUAGUGCAGCAAUUCAAGCAAUGAUAGAACUUGCCAGAACUGGAGACCAGUCUGUAAUUUAUGGCGUUGUUACAACAUUAGUAAAUUUGUGCAACGCUUAUGAUAAGCAAGAAAUUAUACCUGAAAUGGUAGAAUUGGCAAAAUUCGCAAAACAUCACAUACCCGAAGAACACGAAUUUGAUGACCCAGAUUUUGUAAAUAAAAGAGUAAUUAUAUUGGCUAAAGCCGGCGUUACGAGUGCGUUAGUUAGUCUUUCCAAAACCGAGAGUCAAAACAGUAGAGAGUUGAUAGCGCGCGUUUUCAAUGCAAUAUGUGGUCAACAGGAAGUGAGAGGAAUUGUUGUUCAACAAGGUGGAGCAAAGGCCCUUUUACCAUUAGCCUUAGAUGGAACAGAUAAGGGAAAGAAACAAGCAUCCCAAGCUUUGGCGCGUUUAGGAAUUACGAUAAAUCCAGAAGUUGCAUUCCCUGGACAGAGAAUAAUGGAAGUAAUUCGACCUUUCAUAAAUCUUCUGAAUCCAGAAUGUUCUGCGCUUGAAAAUUUUGAAGCUUUAAUGGCACUGUGUAAUUUAGCUGGUGUUAAUGAUAAUGUUAGAAAACGAAUAUUAAACGAAGAAGGUUUCCAGAAAGUAGAGUCUUACAUGUAUGAGGAUCAUGAAAUGCUAACACGUGCAGCCAUUCAAGUGGUAAAUAAUUUAAUGAUGUGCGAAGAUACUAUAAAAUAUUAUGAACAAGAAAAUGACAGAGUUAAAUAUCUAGUGAUUCUUUGUGAAGAUGCAGAUGUUGAAACAAGUAUGGCGGCAGCAGGAGCUUUAGCGAUGUUGACCUCGGCUAGCAAAAAAGCCUGUACUAAAAUAUUUGAUUCAGAUCAUUGGUUGGAAUCACUACGAUUUUUACUUGCUAAUCCAAAUCCUGAUUUACAACAUAGAGGAGUUGUGAUUGUUUCAAAUAUGAUUAAAAGUACUAAGGACGUUGCGGCAAGAUUAAUUGAAACUGAUGUGAUGGAAAUUUUAAUGGCCCUAAUGAAAAGUGAUUCUGCAGAAAAUAAAAAGAUCAAGGAAAUAGCAGCAAGUGCAUUAGAGGCAGCAGCAAAGUGGAAACUUAUUAGGAGUGCAACUGACGAACAACAAUCUCAGAGUUCAAAUAAUUUGGAGAAUGUUGAAUAA